UAUUUUUUUUCAGAAACCAGGCUUUCUCAACUACGUUUCUGUGUUACUAUUUGUGUCCACCGCUCGACGCGCCAUCUAUUCUAUCAGUAUCCUCGUGCGAGAUCCAUGAAUUCUGUUUAAUCGCUUUCUGCAACCAAAUAUUUUCCGAAAUCCACUAACAUCCCCGUGAUUUGGGGAUUAAAUUAACUUACUGUCACAAUGGAGAAUGCCUACGGUAUAGGUAUCACUAAUCGCUAUGCUAUGUUCAUCGAUGACGAUGAGAGGGACCCCCUUGACAUCUUAAAGGAGGCGGAGACCGACAAGAACAAGGUGAAGAAGGUUGAGGGAGUGAAGCCUGCUGCCAAGGUUGCCCCUAAAGCUGUUGCAAAGAAGGAGCCAGCCAAGAAGGAAAAUGAUAACUCAGAUAAGGAAAACCAGAGAAACAACCAGAGAUAUGAGGGUAAGCGCGUCCUGGACGCCAGGAGAGCGCAGGAGGGACCCAGAGAGGAGCGCAACAACCGGAUAAACCAGGAAGGAGGACCCAGGAGAGAUGUCGACGAUGAGAACCGAGGACGUGGACGUGGUGGUGGCGGACCACGUGGAGGACGUGGAAUGGGACGAGGAAGAGGAGACGGAGCACCGCGUGGACGUGAUGGACCUGGGCGUGGUGGAAAGCGUGAGUACGAACGCAAGUCCGGUGACUCCAGAACGGGAAUCAAGGCUGAAGAGAAGAAAGGAGGAAGCGGAAAAGGAAACUGGGGAACUAUUGAGGAUGAUAUUAAGGCCAAGGAAUCUGAGGAGGGUACUCUUAACACCUCUGUUGAGGAGGGAGGAGCCCCUGCUGAUGAGAACGAGGAGAAGAGAGAUGACGGAGAAGAUGAGGGUCCCAAGGAGGAGGAGGUUAAGGAACUCACUCUGGAUGAAUGGAAAGCUCUUCAAACCAAAGCUGAGCAGCCUAAAUUUAAUCUAAGAAAGGCCGGAGAGGGAUCUGAUAUCGACCCCAAGUGGAAGAAGGCGGCUGCCUACAAGAAGGAGAAGGAAGGACAGGAAGAUGAGGAGGAGGAAGAGGAGAACUAUGUGUAUCCUCAGCGCGCUAACAGGCAGAAGCAUCUGCUUGACAUAGACUUCCAUUUCGCUGACCAGCAGGCUAUGCGUGGAGGAGGACGCGGCAGAGGCCGUGGUCGUGGCGGAGACCGUGGAGAUAGAGGUGGAGACCGUGAAGAUCGCGGCGGAUACCGUGGUGAUCGCGGUGACCGUGCUGAGCGCGGAGAGCGUGCUGAGCGCGGAGACCGCGCUGAGCGAGGAGACCGCGGCCGUGGUCGUGGAGGUAACCGUGGAGGACCUCCUCGUGAGGGAGAGGGACCACCAAGACGUGGAGGAAGGGGCGGACGUGGCGGAAGCCAGCAGUUCAGCCUGGACGACCAGAAGGCGUUCCCUGCCCUGGGAUAAACCCAGGAAAAAUACCAAGAAAAUUUCAAGUUUUCUUAAGCAUACAGAGCGGUUUGCUGAUCCUAUAUCGUGGAAUAUUCAA